UCUCCGUAUACUGUCGGUCAAUUCGAGCUGGCCGAAAAGAAUAAAGGCCGGAAUAGAACGCGGGUGGCAGAUCACCUCCUCGCAGCGGAACCAAACUCGCGCGCAAGUCGACAGUUCGGGAUAGAUCAGGGCCCGAGACGGUAAAUAGGGUCCAUGGCUGCGUACAGUUUGAUCAUCUCCACACAAGACCACAGUUUCUGUGUUUCAGGCGGAGAUCCAAACACCCCUUCACAGGCGCCACCUCACGCGCCUAGUAUCAGAAAUACUAUGCAGGAGUCCCUCACGCAGAAGUGGCUGCGACAGAACAUUCAAGCCUACGUCCACAAGGACACCGUCUACACUCACGUAGACGUCCUGCUGUCCCGCUAUCCUACCAUCCGUCCAAAGACAGAUGUGUAUACAUACGAUGACGGUCGCACACAGCUCUUACUCUGUCUGCAUGGUCUCCUCCCAAUCACUUACCGCGGGGCGCCCUACAAUAUACCGAUCGCUGUCUGGCUAACAAGAGACUACCCGCGCCAUCCUCCGCUUGCUUAUGUCGUACCUACAAGUGACAUGCUUGUCAGGGCCGGAAAAUACCUCGAUAUCAGCGGUAAGUGCGAGAUCGAAUAUAUUCGCAAUUGGGAACGCAAGAGCGAGGGAUGCAACUUGUCUGCUUUGCUCGAAGCGAUGCAAGACUAUUUCUCUCGUGAACCUCCAGUGUACGCCAAACCCAAACAGUCGCCGACGCCGCAACCUCAGUCUCGUCGUCCCGAUUCCACCGCCCCCGAUUAUUCGGAGCGUCCACCACCACCCAUCCCUCCUGCUCACCCGACACCCCCACCCAUGAGUCAGUCGGUGUCAGCGUCAGGUAUUGGAAAUGAUGAUCGACCGCCCUUACCUCAGAAACCAGGUAUCGCGUCUCUUUCUAGUCCUGCUAGUAUACCUUCGUCCCCACAGGUAGCUGGCCAAAGUCAACCACCUCAUAUCCCUGCUACACCCGCUUUGGCUCUGAGACCACCACCACCGUUGCCACCACACCCAGAACCGGAUGCAGGCUUGCCGCGGUAUAGGACUUCACCUGUGCCGCCACGUUACCAUCCGAGCACUCAUCGGCCCUCUUCAUCGAUCGGUCAAGUUUCAAAUUCACCGGGCACGUCGUCUUGGUCGCCGGAUUCCUCGGUCGAAGCGUCUACUUCUCAACGCGUCGCGUCUCCUCCAGUGUUUCCUGAUCACACUGCACAUGUAGCUCAACAGAGCUACCAGACAUCGUAUGGGGCUCCUGUCAUUAGCUCUGAACAAGGCUUUUUUCCUCCUCAGGCAUCAGUUGUCCGUGCACCUCCACCUCCUAUCAAUGAGGUUGCUCCGUCCUGGAGCGCGCAACCCCAACCACAAUAUCCAUCCGCUGUUCAACCACCUUUCAUCUCUCCGCAGGGGACCGGAAAUUCCCACAGACCAUACCAGCCGCCGCCUCCUCCACCGCUUCCACCAGUCAUUGGACAAGUGACUCCUCCAGCUGCCCCACAGCCGCCGCCCACGGUCCCACCGCCCGACCUUCUCGACGAUGACAAUUAUCUAAGUUCUUUGACAUCUACAUCAACACAAAUAGCAGCAUCACCGGCUCCAGCGCCGCCGCGACCACCUAACCCGGAGUUACUCCAGCUUCAUGGACGUGUACACGCGAAAAUGACCUCGGAGCUAGCUUCGCUGUCUCAGGCUAUGGCGCUGGAUGCUGAGCGUCUUCGUGCACACCAGAAAGAUCUUUUAGCUGGAGAACCUGCUAUUCGUGAUGAGAUGGCGAGGCUGGAGGCGGUGCGCGAUGUCUGUCAGAACGUUGCGGGAAGACUUGGGACAGUGGUGGCAGAUGGGGAACGCAAUGUCGCCGAGUUAAGGCGGAAAGGUGAUCCGGAGGUAGACGAGCUGGUUUGCUCGACUACAAUUGUUCACAAUCAGUUAAUUAACUUGGUGGCGGAAGACAAUGCGAUAGAGGACACCAUUUACCACCUGCACCGAGCUCUCAAUGCAGGCCGAAUAGACUUGGAGCGCUUCCUCAGGACCACACGCGCCCUAGCGGAAGAGCAAUUUACGAAAAGGGCCUUGAUCGAGAAGAUCUUGAACGGGAUUCCUAUGGGCGAGACCGUCGAGUGGAGGUAGAUCGUAUACGUCUGAUGGUGUAAUCACUAUAAUGGGGUGCUGUAAUUGUCUUCCAAGUAUCAUAGGGUUUUUUUUUUUCCAAUCAAUGUCAUGGAUCAUACGCAUCAUCGCUGCGUUCAUCGUUCUCGGCUCAAAGCCCACAGUGCGUCUGGGCAAUGUCACAAGAAACGGUUAAACUUGUG